GCGAGCGGGAAGGAGGCGUCGGUAGAAUUUUUGCGUGCGGGCCUGCGAGGCUUGAGCAGAGGGCGUUUCCCGAGCCUUGAGCCCCGCCGAGCGCGGCCUCCGCUCCCGUCGGUUCCCCUGCGCCGGCGGGGCCAUGGGGCGGAUCUCGGGGCUCGUACCCUCUCGCUUCCUGACGCUUCUGGCGCAUCUAGUGGUCGUCAUCACCUUGUUCUGGUCGCGGGACAGCAACGUCCAGGCCUGCCUGCCUCUCACGUUCACCCCGGAGGAGUAUGAGCAGCAGGACAUUCAGCUGGUGGCAGCGCUCUCUGUCACGCUGGGCCUCUUUGCCGUGGAGCUAGCCGGUUUCUUCUCAGGAGUUUCCAUGUUCAACAGCACCCAGAGCCUCAUCUCCAUUGCAGCUCACUGUAGUGCCUCGGUGGCCCUAUCCUUUUUCAUAUUCGAACGUUGGGAGUGCACCACUUACUGGUAUAUUUUUGUCUUCUGCAGUGCCCUCCCAGCUGUCACCGAAAUGGCAUUAUUCGUCAGUGUCUUCGGGCUGAAAAAGAAACCUUUCUGAUACCUUCCUGACGCGAGCACAGGGAUGAAGGCUGGAGGAGCAGGGGACCACUCAGCAUUGCCAGAACAAGGAAGGCAGUCUACAGUCCUCCCUCUGACCCUGCAGUUGGAAGAUGUCAGUGUUCGCGUUAGGCUAAUUAUCACUCCAACCUGCGAUGAUCAUCGUUUUAUUUAGUGCUUUGUAAUAAAAUAUAUUUUAGAGUCA